AUGAAACGUUUUCACCAUCUUGAGAGUCAUGUGUGUGGCGACAACGAAAGGAAUAAUGGACCUGCGGUGGUGGUGGUAGGCUCAUGUUUUCUUGAUUAUAUUGCCUACGUGGACCGCAUUCCACACAUUGGUGAAACACUCAAGUCCCGCAGUUUCCAAAAGGGAUUUGGCGGUAAAGGCGCCAAUCAGGCAGUUGCCGCUGGUCGACUUGGUGCCCGUGUGGCGAUGGUCAGUGUUGUUGGCUCAGAUGGUGAUGGAGCGGAUUACAUUGAAAACUUCAAGAAGAACGGUGUGGACACCACCUGCGUUUUUCGUAAACAAGGUGAAGCCAGUGGACUUGCAAUGAUUUUUGUGGAGUCUGCCUCUUCAAAUAAUGAAAUUGUGAUCUGUCCAAACGCAACAAAGGCUAUGACAGUGGACUUCCUUCGUAAGUCGUCUGAUAAUUACAAUCGUUUCUUACCUAAGAGUUGCCGUUUCCUUAUUUGCCAAAAUGAGAUUCCAUUGGAAACUACCCUUGAUGUUCUGCGUGAGGCACAUACACGAGGGAUUUACACUGUUUUUAACGCUGCUCCUGCUCCAUCACCUUCUGAUGUUGAGGUUAUUAAACCUUAUCUUCAGUAUGUUUCUCUUUUCUCCCCUAAUGAAGUGGAGGCAACAUUAAUUACUGGUAUUAAAGUGGUAGAUGGAGCAUCUGCCGCUUCUGCUGCUAAAGCAUUACAAAGACUUGGAGUGCGAGAUGUUGUGAUUACUCUUGGCGCACAGGGAUAUGUAAUUGCUGAACAAGGUUCAGAGGCCAUACACGUGCCGGGUAUUCGCGUAAAGGCCGUGGACACCACCGGUGCUGGUGACUCUUUCGUGGGUUCAAUGGUGUACUUUAUGUCUAUUGGAAAGACCCUCAAGGAGGCCUGUAAACUGGCUAAUGUCUGUGCCUCUAUGAGUGUACAGAAGAAGGGAACACAAUCCUCAUAUCCAUCACUCGCUGAGCUUCCCGCAGAGGCUAGGCAUUAG